AUGAAACUAGGUGAAUAUUCCUUUUAUAUACUAGUCACUACAAUUUUAAUCAUAGCAAGAAUAAAUAAAAACGUGCAAGCAAGCAAAACGAAAACACAUGCACAACAGAACAAGAGUGAUAAGUUGCCACCACAAUUAUCUGGACGAUUAAACGGAUCAUUGAGUGGUCUAUCCGGUCAAAACGGUCCACCAAUCCACAUAAUUCUCAAUUCAAGUGGACCCGGUUUUCAUUACCCACCAAAAUUAUCUGGACGAAUAAACGGAUCAUUGAGUGGUCUAUCCGGUCAAAAUGGUCCACCAAUCCACAUAAUUCUCAAUGCAAGUGGACCCGGUUUUCAUUACCCACCAAAAUUAUCUGGACGAUUAAACGGAUCAUUGAGUGGUCUAUCCGGUCAAAAUGGUCCACCAAUCCACAUAAUUCUCAAUGCAAGUGGACCCGGUUUUCAUUACCCACCAAAAUUAUCUGGACGAUUAAACGGAUCAUUGAGUGGUCUAUCCGGUCAAAAUGGUCCACCAAUCCACAUAAUUCUCAAUGCAAGUGGACCCGGUUUUCAUUACCCACCAAAAUUAUCUGGACGAUUAAACGGAUCAUUGAGUGGUCUAUCCGGUCAAAAUGGUCCACCAAUCCACAUAAUUCUCAAUGCAAGUGGACCCGGUUUUCAUUACCCACCAAAAUUAUCUGGACGAUUAAACGGAUCAUUGAGUGGUCUAUCCGGUCAAAAUGGUCCACCAAUCCACAUAAUUCUCAAUGCAAGUGGACCCGGUUUUCAUUACCCACCAAAAUUAUCUGGACGAUUAAACGGAUCAUUGAGUGGUCUAUCCGGUCAAAAUGGUCCACCAAUCCACAUAAUUCUCAAUGCAAGUGGACCCGGUUUUCAUUACCCACCAAAAUUAUCUGGACGAUUAAACGGAUCAUUGAGUGGUCUAUCCGGUCAAAAUGGUCCACCAAUCCACAUAAUUCUCAAUGCAAGUGGACCCGGUUUUCAUUACCCACCAAAAUUAUCUGGACGAUUAAACGGAUCAUUGAGUGGUCUAUCCGGUCAAAAUGGUCCACCAAUCCACAUAAUUCUCAAUGCAAGUGGACCCGGUUUUCAUUACCCACCAAAAUUAUCUGGACGAUUAAACGGAUCAUUGAGUGGUCUAUCCGGUCAAAAUGGUCCACCAAUCCACAUAAUUCUCAAUGCAAGUGGACCCGGUUUUCAUUACCCACCAAAAUUAUCUGGACGAUUAAACGGAUCAUUGAGUGGUCUAUCCGGUCAAAAUGGUCCACCAAUCCACAUAAUUCUCAAUGCAAGUGGACCCGGUUUUCAUUACCCACCAAAAUUAUCUGGACGAUUAAACGGAUCAUUGAGUGGUCUAUCCGGUCAAAAUGGUCCACCAAUCCACAUAAUUCUCAAUGCAAGUGGACCCGGUUUUCAUUACCCACCAAAAUUAUCUGGACGAUUAAACGGAUCAUUGAGUGGUCUAUCCGGUCAAAAUGGUCCACCAAUCCACAUAAUUCUCAAUGCAAGUGGACCCGGUUUUCAUUACCCACCAAAAUUAUCUGGACGAUUAAACGGAUCAUUGAGUGGUCUAUCCGGUCAAAAUGGUCCACCAAUCCACAUAAUUCUCAAUGCAAGUGGACCCGGUUUUCAUUACCCACCAAAAUUAUCUGGACGAUUAAACGGAUCAUUGAGUGGUCUAUCCGGUCAAAAUGGUCCACCAAUCCACAUAAUUCUCAAUGCAAGUGGACCCGGUUUUCAUUACCCACCAAAAUUAUCUGGACGAUUAAACGGAUCAUUGAGUGGUCUAUCCGGUCAAAAUGGUCCACCAAUCCACAUAAUUCUCAAUGCAAGUGGACCCGGUUUUCAUUACCCACCAAAAUUAUCUGGACGAUUAAACGGAUCAUUGAGUGGUCUAUCCGGUCAAAAUGGUCCACCAAUCCACAUAAUUCUCAAUGCAAGUGGACCCGGUUUUCAUUACCCACCAAAAUUAUCUGGACGAUUAAACGGAUCAUUGAGUGGUCUAUCCGGUCAAAAUGGUCCACCAAUCCACAUAAUUCUCAAUGCAAGUGGACCCGGUUUUCAUUACCCACCAAAAUUAUCUGGACGAUUAAACGGAUCAUUGAGUGGUCUAUCCGGUCAAAAUGGUCCACCAAUCCACAUAAUUCUCAAUGCAAGUGGACCCGGUUUUCAUUACCCACCAAAAUUAUCUGGACGAUUAAACGGAUCAUUGAGUGGUCUAUCCGGUCAAAAUGGUCCACCAAUCCACAUAAUUCUCAAUGCAAGUGGACCCGGUUUUCAUUACCCACCAAAAUUAUCUGGACGAUUAAACGGAUCAUUGAGUGGUCUAUCCGGUCAAAAUGGUCCACCAAUCCACAUAAUUCUCAAUGCAAGUGGACCCGGUUUUCAUUACCCACCAAAAUUAUCUGGACGAUUAAACGGAUCAUUGAGUGGUCUAUCCGGUCAAAAUGGUCCACCAAUCCACAUAAUUCUCAAUGCAAGUGGACCCGGUUUUCAUUACCCACCAAAAUUAUCUGGACGAUUAAACGGAUCAUUGAGUGGUCUAUCCGGUCAAAAUGGUCCACCAAUCCACAUAAUUCUCAAUGCAAGUGGACCCGGUUUUCAUUACCCACCAAAAUUAUCUGGACGAUUAAACGGAUCAUUGAGUGGUCUAUCCGGUCAAAACGGUCCACCAAUCCACAUAAUUCUCAAUGCAAGUGGACCCGGUUUUCAUUACCCACCAAAAUUAUCUGGACGAUUAAACGGAUCAUUGAGUGGUCUAUCCGGUCAAAAUGGUCCACCAAUCCACAUAAUUCUCAAUGCAAGUGGAUCGGGUUCACAUCACCAUCAUUAUGUACAGUAUGGUAAUAUUCAUCGAGGAUUAUAUGGACGAGUAUAUGGAUCAUUGAGUGGUCUCUCCAUUGAAAGUGAUCAAUGUAUCUACAUAACUGUGAAUACAGGCGGAUCCAUUUCGGAUCCAUAUUUUCCACCACCAUUAUAUGGACGAGGAUACGGAUCAUUAAGUCGUCCAUCCGGCGACAAUGCUCAUUGUAUCUACAUAACUGUUAAUGCAGGUGAAUCGAGUACAUAUUCACAUCAAUACUUUCCUACACGAUUAUAUGGACGAAGUUACGGAACAUUGAAUGGUCUCUCCAGUCGAAAUGGUCCACGUAUCCAAAUAACCUUGAAUGCAGGUGGACGGAAUUACAAUUAUAAAAAAUAUGGAAAGCAGAGUAAUGUUCCACCACGAUUAUCUGGACGCAGAAAUGGAUCAUGGAGUGGUCUCUCCGGUAAAAAUGGUCCACAAAUCCACAUAACUAUGAAUGCUAGUCGAUCGAGUUCACAUCGUCAUAAUUAUUUUCCACCAACAUUAUCUGGACGAAGAAACGGAUCACUGAGUGGUCUAUCCGGUGGCAAUGGUCCUUCUAUCUACCUUACCUUCAAUUCAGGUGGACAGAAUUCAACUGAUCAUGAUCGGGGACAAGAAGUUACUUCACCACCACGAUUAUCAGGACGUAAAUACAUGGAAGGUCGAUCAGUUGAGUACAUGUUUGAGAAAGUAGAGGGAGAAGUAAUGAAUGCAACUCACAGUACUAGCGGAAAAGACAGUUCGUCCAAAAAUAAUAGAAACAAUUAUUAUAAUAAGAGAUUAUCAAACAAGGCAGGUGGUAAACGCUAUGAAGAUAUUUUCUCCUCUCGUAGUGACUCAAUUUUUGAUGAUAUUGAUUCAGAAGCAUCUACAUUUCAGUAUGGUGGUAAAAUCACAAAAUAUGGUAAACGUAGUGGAAAGGAUUCCGACAGUAUACCGACAAUUGGAAGUUUGGAUCGAUAUGCUAGUUCAUAUAUUAAAGAUAAAUUUAAAAUUAAAGCUAAACCAAAGAAAAAGUAUGCAAAAGAUCAUGUCUAUGGAACUUAUAAAUCUAAAAGCAAACGUGGAGGAAGAAAAACCAAUACGGAAACAACACCGAAAGAAUCACGAAACAAAACUGAAAGAAAACCUUCUCAAGCCAAAAACUGA